CGCCAGGGAGUAGCUUUUGCUCUUUCGCUCGUCCAACAACUUUUCCAGGCUCGCUGAGGGUGGGGAACGCGUUUCCGUUGUCAACUUUCUCAUUUUACUUCUCAAACUGCCCGAGCAAUCGCGGAUGUCACGAAGACGCAAGGAUAUGUAAAUGCUUUGUAAGCGCCGAACUCAAUGCGGAACGCCUGCGCCAACCUAGGCUACUCAUUUGACGGCACCACCUGCCACGUUCUUGCAUCUGCUAUUGGAGAAGGCGGACAAUGCUGCGAACAACUACGGAUAUGCCAACGAAGGCAUCACCCCAUAUAUCUGUCCUUCGCAGAUCGGGUACAGCGGGACCAGUCCCAGAGCUGCCGGUCUUUCUACACAACGUCGAAGAGCGAGCGAGACAAUGCCAUCACCAAUUUGUGGUACAUGGACAAGGCAUUGCUUGUUACGUAAAUUUAUGAUUGAAUCCAAGUAUCCUUGCGCCAUCCUUGUAGACG